CCAGAGCACCGCAGCAGCCAGGCACCCUAAGAAGUGGACCGAGCUGCAAAGCAAUUGGAUCAGGCUCAGUCAUGGACCGGAAGGUGGCCCGAGAAUUCCGACACAAGGUGGAUUUCCUAAUUGAAAAUGACGCAGAGAAGGACUAUCUUUAUGAUGUGCUGCGGAUGUAUCACCAGACCAUGGAUGUGGCUGUGCUCGUGGGAGACCUGAAGCUGGUCAUCAAUGAACCCAACCGCCUGCCGCUGUUUGAUGCCAUCCGACCCCUGAUCCCACUGAAGCACCAGGUGGAGUAUGACCAGCUGACACCCCGACGAUCCAGGAAACUGAAGGAGGUACGCUUGGACCGUCUGCACCCAGAAGGUCUCGGCCUCAGCGUGCGUGGAGGCCUGGAAUUUGGCUGUGGACUCUUUAUCUCCCACCUCAUCAAAGGUGGCCAGGCAGACAGCGUUGGGCUGCAGGUAGGGGAUGAAAUUGUCCGGAUCAACGGCUAUUCCAUCUCUUCCUGUACCCAUGAGGAAGUCAUCAACCUGAUCCGCACCAAGAAGACCGUAUCCAUCAAAGUGAGACACAUCGGACUGAUCCCUGUGAAGAGCUCUCCUGAGGAGUCCCUCAAAUGGCAGUAUGUGGAUCAGUUCGUGUCAGAAUCUGGGGGUGUGCGAGGUGGCUUGGGCUCACCUGGCAAUCGGACCACCAAGGAGAAGAAGGUGUUUAUCAGUCUAGUGGGCUCUCGGGGCCUGGGCUGCAGCAUCUCCAGUGGCCCCAUCCAGAAGCCUGGCAUCUUCGUCAGCCACGUGAAGCCUGGCUCCCUGUCUGCAGAGGUGGGAUUAGAGACAGGAGACCAGAUUGUGGAAGUCAACGGCAUAGACUUCACCAACCUGGACCACAAGGAGGCUGUGAAUGUCCUGAAGAGCAGCCGCAGCCUGACCAUCUCCAUCGUUGCUGGAGCCGGACGGGAGCUGUUCAUGACGGACCGGGAACGGCUGGAGGAGGCACGGCAGCGUGAGCUGCAACGGCAGGAACUCCUCAUGCAGAAGCGGCUGGCCAUGGAGUCCAACAAGAUCCUCCAGGAGCAGCAGGAGAUGGAGCGCCAGAGGAGAAAGGAGAUCGCCCAGAAGGCUGCCGAGGAGAAUGAGAGAUACCGGAAGGAGAUGGAACAGAUCUCGGAGGAGGAAGAGAAGUUUAAGAAGCAGUGGGAAGAAGACUGGGGUUCAAAGGAGCAGCUCGUUCUGCCUAAGACCAUCACCGCAGAGGUGCACCCAGUGCCCCUUCGCAAGCCCAAGUAUGAUCAGGGAGUGGAGCCUGCAGACCACUUGGAUGGAAGCACAAAGGAGCAGAGACAGCAGAAAGCAAAGGAGAAGAAGAAAGCCAAGUACGAUAGCCUGCAGGACCUGAGGAAGAACAAGAAGGAACUCGAGUUUGAACAAAAGCUCUACAAAGAGAAGGAAGAGAUGCUGGAGAAGGAGAAGCAGCUGAAGAUCAAUCGGCUGGCCCAGGAGGUGUCUGAGACUGAGCGGGAAGACCUUGAGGAAUCGGAAAAGACCCAGUAUUGGGUGGAGAGGCUCUGUCAGACGCGCCUCGAGCAGAUUUCCUCUGCUGAGAAUGAGAUUCCUGAGAUGACCACAGGGCCCCCACCUCCCCCACCUUCUGUGUCUCCUCUGGCCCCACCCUUGAGACGAUUCGCUGGUGGGAUCCACCUCCACACCACUGACCUGGAUGACAUCCCUCUGGACAUGUUCUACUACCCCCCCAAGACUCCCUCAGCACUGCCCGUGAUGCCCCACCCUCCACCCGUCAACCCACAUUCCAAGGUUCCCGCGCCCCCUGUGCUUCCCUCAUCAGGUCACAUGAGCAGCUCAUCCUCACCAUGGGUGCAACGCACUCCACCCCCAAUCCCCAUUCCUCCCCCUCCAUCCAUUCCCACCCAAGACCUCACUCCUACCCGCCCAUUGCCCUCAGCACUAGAAGAGGCCCUGGGCAACCACCCCUUCCGCACUGGGGACCCAGGCCAUCCAGCAGAUGACUGGGAGGCAAACACCCACAGUGGGAAGCCCUCCAGCUCCCCCACCACUGAGCGGAGCUUCCCACCCGCCCCAAAGGUGUCAUGUGCUGUCCUGCAUGCGUGUGCCUUCUACUGAUUUUGAAGUCCUGUGUUUACAUGGUGAAUUGCUGUGGCCAUGAAAUGAGCAACAGUGAGUCUGUCAGGUCCGUGUCAGCAGCCUCUGAUGAUGUUAGCCCCUGAGCUAGUGAAUGCUGGUGGCCUGCAGGGUAGUGCUCUCUGGUUGUGUGGAAUAGCCAGCUGUGUCUUCAUAGGGACCAAGAAGUCCUCAUGUGUAGGAAGUGAGCCCCUGGUUCAACUGGAGAAGGGGUGCGUGGGGGAAAGCUGGGGCGUACCUAGCUCUGAAAAUAAAGGGUAGUCUUAGGACACUCCAGCGCCUUUCCCACAACACGAGCUGGCAGCACCGGCCUGGUGUGUAAUCGUCAGACACGUCUGGCCGGGACCCAAGUUAGAAACCCUGAAGAUGAGAGACUUCUUAGAAGUUCUCAACUAUUAAAAGACAAGAAAUGUUUUUCUUGGAUGUUGACAGAUUGAGCGGCGGUAUUUUCAGAAAGAUCUAUUUCCCAUCAAUUGAUCUUUAUUCAAAGACUGCUUUGGAAGAGUCGGUCCCUGGGCACCAUGUGAGACUUUUGAGCCUAGUAGACAGUGGUCAGGUCCGACUCAACUGAGGAGGCUCCAGUCCACUGGGGGUGAAGGGCUGCAGGGGUGAGGGCUGCAGGGAGAGGGGCUGAGGAUGAGGGGCUGCACAGUGUUGGCAGCACCUCCCCAGUGGCUUUCAUCGGCCUCCCACUCAGUAUCCCAAAGGGAGCGUGUAUUUAGUAGAUUAGAUCACUCAAGGGCAUCAAGGAGAUGCCAGGUGCCUGCUGCUGACUGGCUGACAGUCACGGCUGGAGGAUCACAGGUGGACUGGAAUACUAUGGACCUCUAGUGUGGGGCCUUGAUUCCUAGACCUCAGAUAGGGAGAGAGAUGUCUCCUCACUCUGGGAACAUCUCCCCAGAGCUCAACCAGACAUCAGGUUUAAGAGACUGUGUUAGCCUGGCACGGAGGGACCCAUCCUUCUCUGUAAGUGACCCCAGAAGAUAUGCAGUAGCUUUUCCCUAACAAAUCUGAUUCAGAGAUCUGAGGCCAGGCUCAGGCCUUGCAGCUCUUGGUAGAUGGAGCAGAGCUGAAGAAGAUUCCAAGCAGCAACUUUCCAGGGAUUUAACUUUUGAAGGGAGAGCAUCUAUAUAUAUAUGGGUCUUCUCUACGCUAGCACAGCCUACAUGCUCCAGCUGAGGAUACCUCUGCCUUGCUGGGACUUAGAGCUGAACCUUGAGGGGUACAGUACAUGAGGGGCAGAGGAAGGGCUCCAGAGCAGCAAGAAACCUAGUGAUGGCAGGGGAGACAGUAACAAGUCAGACCUUGGCUUAUGGAUCAUAUUCUGCUGUUCCCUGGCUAAAUGACUUCGGGUACCUGAUACUCCAUCUCUGUGAGCCUGGACACCCUGGUCUCACUGCAUAGGAACGCAAUGGUACCUAUCUACUGUGAGAACCAGACAAGUUAAUGCAUGAAGGGGGAGGUGGGUGGCAUAUAGUCUGUAAUCCCAGCACUCCGAAGUCUGAGGCAGGAGGAUCACAGAAUGUGAGUACAACCUGAUCUACACAAUAAUUUCAGAACAGUCUGGGCUACA